CUUCUCUACCACCAUCCUCUCCUCCAAAGAACCCUCUACCUUACAUCUUAGUUGCAUUGCAUAGCAUAGCAUACAGUCCAUUAGAUCCUACUCGCAUCCUCGCUUGUUUGAUCGCCCCUUCGAUUGCAUUGCCUGCUUUGCACUCCAACUCGGCCUCGAUCGGUUACACAAUCAUCCAACAAUCUUCAGGAACACCACAGAGAAACAUACUAACCCCUGCUAUCACCAUAGCUUCUUCUCAGGAUCCAUUCAGUUGAGAAUCUUGAGACAUCACUGAAUUGCUGGACCCAAGCACAGACUUUUGUCGACAAGUUCUGAUUGCUUUAAUCGACCAACCCACUAACCCCCGAGAUCUUGAUUGAUUCUCGGAUCACAGACUCCGAUCGAAACAUUGAUUUGUCCUUUCGAUCAACAUUUACACAUAGCCUACCAUGGCCACCACAUCAGUAUCAACUCCCCUCAAGAGCCAUCAUGGCAUUUUCUCCACAAAGACUGCAGGCGGACGCAUGCCUCUAACUCCAUCACGGAGAGCGAGGACCGCCAGCGCCGCUACCAAAAUCUCAUCCACAUCUCCAUGCACUCCCCCCCGAAAGGACCAAUCGAUUCACAAGUCCGAUCCCUCAACCUUCUUCUCACGAUCCAUCUCACGAUCGGUAUCGAAGUUUGCCUAUGCCAACUCUCCCAAGUCAAACAUUGCACGCUCAAGAAACUCGCCCAAGGGCUUGGAAUUGGGUGUGUCGGACUGGACUCUGACUGGAACCGGUCCUGCAGUGUCAGGCACUCCUCUAAGAGAGAGAUCGAAGAAAGAGGGUCCUCUGAGAUCAAGACCAGGCAAGACCACAAUCCGACUGCCCCAUAACACAGCCGACCGUUUCAUUCCCAGCCGUACCGCAAGUGCAGGACUGGCCACCGCUGGUUCGGGCAAAUCAGAUGAGAACACUCGCCCCCGGACCGCCGGUCAGGAUGGUUCUACUGUCCUCGCCAAUGCUGCCAGUGCUUUUGACAUCUCGGCGCGAGGUGCCGACUCAGACAUUACCACCGCCUUGGAGGGACUUGGGCUCGAUGACAACACAACAUCAACCUACGGCAGGGCCGAUCCUGAUUCCGUCGCAUACGAAUCCUCCCUUGCAUCAGCUUGCGGCAUUUCCACCACUCAGCGCAUUCUGGAAUUCAAGCCAGCUCCCCCAGAAUCUUCCAAGCCCAUCGACCUUCGGUCACAAUACAAUCGACCCCUCAAGCAAGCGAGUGCUCAGUCUGCUCAGUUCCGCCGACGCGUCCAAUCCGCUCCUGAACGCGUCUUGGAUGCACCCGAUAUUGCUGACGACUACUACCUCAAUCUUCUUGACUGGGGCUCGGGUAACCAAGUGGCCAUUGGCCUCAAGCGUAAUGUCUACGUCUGGUCUGCAGAGUCUGGCACCGUCAGUUGCCUGCUGGAGACGUCACCAGACACCUAUGUCAGCAGCGUCAAGUGGUCCGGAGAUGGAGCUUAUGUUGGAGUCGGCCUUGGAACGGGCGAAGUCCAGAUUUGGGACGUGGAAGAAGGCACCAAGCUGAGAAGCAUGUUCGGCCACGACACUCGCGUGGGCGUGAUGGGCUGGAACAAGCAUACCUUGUCGACAGGUGCCCGAAGCGGCCUUGUCUUCAACCACGACGUCCGUGUCCAGGACCACAAAAUCGCCGAGCUGGUAUCUCACACCUCGGAAGUCUGCGGCCUCGAAUGGCGGUCAGAUGGAGCUCAGCUCGCUACCGGCGGAAAUGACAACCUGGUCUCCAUCUGGGACGCCCGGUCUCUUGCAGCUCCCAAAUUCGCCAAGAAGAACCACCGAGCGGCUGUCAAGGCCCUUAGUUGGUGCCCCUGGCAAUUGAACCUGUUGGCGACCGGAGGCGGAUACAACGACCGACAUAUUCACUUUUGGAACACGACAACUGGCGCUCGCGUCAACAGUGUGGAUACGGGAUCACAGGUGACGAGUCUGAAAUGGAGCAAUCACUACCGCGAGCUUGUCAGCUCCGGAGGAUUCCCAGACAAUUCAUUGACCAUCUGGAGCUAUCCAACCCUCGUCCGCAAUGUUGAAAUUCCCGCUCAUGAGAGCCGGGUGCUCCACAGCUGCUUGAGCCCCGACGGACAGAUGCUUGCAACCGCAGCUGCUGACGAAAGCUUGAAAUUCUGGAAGGUGUUUGAGCGCAAGGCCGGCAUCAGCGCGGCUGCAUCCCGGGAAGGCGGCGUGGGUAAGAACGGGCAGAUGGCAAAGCAGAUGACCAUUCGAUGAUGCUGGUCGGAAUACGAGCCGUUCGAGACUAGCGAUUUCUUGGUCGCAAGCAAGGCGUUUGGUUGUGCAAUGAGCCCGGUAUUCAUGAUGACAUUUUGUGAACGGACGGAUGAAUGACCAAGACUGUUGACUUGAUGUACACUGGGAGGGCAGUGACGUUUGAUGGCUAUGCUGGCUGCUAGUUGAUACAGUCAACAUUGUAUGUGUAAUUAAUUUGAUGAUCUAUUAAUGAUCCAUUAAUGAUCCAUCCAUCUGCCCUGUUGUGUGUGUAGUGUGUAUGCUUGCUGUGAAUCUUGUAUCUCGCCGACAGCCAGGCAGGUGCCUGCCAACUUGA